UGCAUACCGAAAACCAUAUGGAUGUAGGUCAUUUUAUGGCCACCGAUGGCGCUGCGUGCAACGACGAAAAUGACUUCAGGAAAAAUGCGAAUCGACCAAAUUGAUUAAAUAUUCAAUGACAAAAGUCUAAAAUUUCGUAUAAUUUCGCUUUGGUCGGAGUGAGUUGCAUUUAUUUUGAAAAUCAUUUACAUUUUACACGCCGACAAAAUGUAUCGUUCAUCAAAUAAAAUCCUAGUUCAGACGAUGGUGAAUUUCCGACGUCACUUUUCGAAUCAACGUUCAGCCGUCUUGAACGAAGUGGUUAUUCUUGAUGCGGUACGGACACCAAUUGGCAGCUUUCAAAGUAGCCUAUCUAGUCAGUCGGCAACACAAUUGGGUGGUGUUGCUGUGAAGGGAUUGCUUGAUCGAACAGGCAUUGCACCUGAAAAAGUCAAUGAAAUUUAUAUGGGCAACGUGUGCUCGGCUGGACUUGGUCAGGCACCAGCACGUCAGGCAGCUAUUUUUGCCGGAUUACCGGAGAAAACCAUUUGCACAACGGUGCACAAAGUGUGCGCAUCGGGUUUGAAAGCAGUCACAUUGGCCACUCAAACGUUGAUGCUCGGUCGUCAGAAUGUAAUUGUAGCCGGUGGCAUGGAAUCAAUGUCAAAUGUGCCGUUUUAUCUGAAACGCGGGGUCACACCAUACGGUGGUGUGAAUUUAGUCGAUGGCAUCGUUUUCGAUGGUCUUACUGAUGUCUAUAAUAAAUUCCACAUGGGCAAUUGUGCUGAAAACACGGCCAAAAAAUACAACAUCACACGUCAAGAGCAAGACACAUACGCAAUCAACAGCUACAAACGCAGUGCUGAGUCGUGGGCAAAGAAUUUAUUCAAAGAUGAAAUCGUUCCAGUUACAAUCAAACCGAAACGCGGUCCAGAAGUGGUGGUUAGUGAAGAUGAAGAGUACAAACGGAUUGAUUUCGAUCGCUUUGGAAAAUUAUCAACGGUAUUCCAGCGUGAAAAUGGAACUGUAACCGCUGGCAAUGCAUCAACUCUCAAUGAUGGUGCAUCGGCAUUGCUAUUGGCCACGGCUGAUGAAGCCAACCGAUUGAAUCUGAAACCAUUGGCUCGUAUUGUUGAUUUCCAAGACGCUGAAACGGCACCAAUCGAUUUCCCCAUUGCACCGGCAUUGGCCGUGCCUCCUUUGCUCGAACGCAACAAUUUGACCAAGAACGAUAUCAGUCUGUGGGAGUUCAACGAAGCGUUUGCUGUUGUCAUUUGCGCAAAUGGAAAGAUUCUCGACAUUGGAAUGGAUCGGGUCAAUGUGCGUGGAGGUGCCAUUUCCCUUGGACAUCCAAUUGGCUGCAGCGGCGCUCGAAUUCUCACAACUUUGGUGCACGCCUUGAAGCCCAACGAAUAUGGUGUGGCUGGCAUUUGCAACGGUGGUGGCGGCGCAACAAAUGUUUUAGUCCAAAAAUUAUCCGGUGAUGAUAUUAAUAUGCAAAGCAAUGCAUUGCAACAAAAGCCAAUUUUAACGCUAUACACAAAGUAUCCGUGCCCGUUGUGCGACGAAUUAGUUGGAGAGUUGACACCGUUUAUGCAUCGAUUGCAUUUAGAAAAGGUUGACAUUACGAAACCAGAAAAUCGUCAGUAUUUCAAACAGUAUCGUUACGAUAUUCCCGUUUUGCAUAUCAACGGCGAGUUUUUGUGCAUGCAUCGACUGGACGCAGAACUUUUAGACACUAAAUUGAACGAAUUACAAAAUGCAAGUGGAUAAAAUCAAAAUUCAUGAACUGGAAAAAGAAAAAUAUUUUAAAGAGGGAAUAUUCUGCAGUUAUGAGAAAAAUUUAAACAAAUCUGAAGGAAAAAAUGUGAUGCAUUUUUCUAAAGAGUCAUUGUAAUUUAAUAAACCUUCGACUAUGGUAUAAGUAAAUUUUAAGCUGUAAUACAAACUAACCGUUACAAAUGUUCUACAAAUAAAUGGAACUAUAGUGAUAUAUACUAACUUCAUAUAUGAAGCACUUCUAUCAUCUGAUGCAAUUCUUAGUGCGGAUUCAAAGUCCGACGUUUAUCGCUAAACUCUUUCAAUGUAUAUUGCCACCUAGAAUGAGUGAAAAAAACACUCGUGUUGCUUUUUUGAAUAGAGUACGAGAAACACAAAUAAUAAAUGCCAGAUAAAUGCGAUAAUUUUCAAUUUUUUGAAUGAAGUGGACACAAUCAAUCAAAGCGAACGAAUGCCGAUUCCGUUAGAGCCCUCUUGUUGUGUGCCGCACAUUGAUUCAUUUAAAAUUGGUUGUUCUUUUAUUUUAGGCCAUCGACACAAAUAAUUACAUUUCGGUUUUAAUUAUAAUCAAAGUCAGUCUCAUUCAUACAUUUGAAUACAUUGAAAAGAAAAAUAUA